CUGGUAUUUCCCAAAGACAUGCAGAACCUAGGCAUUAUCAAGAAGGGUGUUCGCCACGAUUGGGUGAACCUGGUUGUGUGGCUUGACAAUCCAGCUAUCGCUAAUCCGACAAUUCUAGCAACCUCGGCGUCGACGUCUGGUACUGGGUAUGUGAUCAAUAAGCCACCCAAGAGAUCGGACAUCAUCGACGGCAUCACGGCGAAGGUGCGGUACGAUGAGAACGAUCGGGACAGGUGGCACACCAUUUUUCAGUUCCACGAGGUAGGGGAAUACCAAGACCUCAUCCAGUGGACUCAGCUGACGGAUGCGGCUCGCAAAGCCUUGGAAAACACCGAUUUUGGUGAUUUUGCCAAUGUGCCAUUCAAUGAUGCGUACUUUGAAAAGAAUAUCAAGGCCGCGUUGACGUACUAUGUGUACAGAGGUCGUCGGCAUGGCGGUACUACAACCCACUCGAUUUGGGAAAAAUAA